CGUUCUCCAUCCUGACGCAAUUUGCUGCUCGUCGACUGCUUAACGCCCAAGACUCGGUACCUUAGUUUAGUCUCCACCGUUCUCGUGCCUGACCACUGACGAACCCAUUUGGGUGGAUUCCCCAUAAUCCUGUUGCCUUCCGAUCAGCGCGUGGGUGCGUGCGUGCGUGCAUCCGGGAAACGGAUGUGAUGUCCUCGUCAUAAGCACGGUGGACGACCGUUGAUUACCCUAGGUUGCCAUUUCCGCCACUCUAUAUUGUCAUAUCCCCAACACCACGGAUACCCCUUCCUCCCGCGAUGGAUCCCGAGGAGGCUCCGCCGCCGCCAUACUCCGCCGUUGACCCGUUACUAGCCCAACCCCGUCGAACUCCGUCUGCAUUGGCGGAGGUGAAUCCGCUUCGUCUGCGUGGUGGAAAUCUCCCCUCGCCACCCUCUCUAUCCAGUCCUGGGGUCGGGACUGGCUCCGCCGCGACCGCACGUCAUCGGCCCGCGAACUUCUCCUCCGCGGCGGAUUACUUUGUAGAACGACCCGUCCCCACGGUGGAUGAGGAGAAGCCGGUCCUGGAGCACCAUUUAACCAUUUACCCUCGGAGUCAGGCCAAGGACUUUCCCCGUCGACCGCGAUGCUGGAAUACGCGAUCGGAUGACAUCGCCCAGCAGGACUGGGACAUGUUCCUCAGAUACCUGUUCCCGCCGCACCUUGGGCCUGCCUCCGUGUCCGGCCAGCUGCCGCGACAGUUACGGGCGGAGAUCCAGCGCGAUCGAAAGGACCGGCCGCAGGAGACGGACGAGCAGCGACGGAUGCGAAUAUCAGCGGUCGUGACGGAGUGGAACCACUACUUCUUCGAGCCGCGAGCGGCUCGUCUUGUUUAUAUCUACGUGACUGACCCUCAAUCCGGCCCGGUCUCUCCCCUCUGUCCGAAGUGCUAUCCCGCGGCCACGAGGGCAUCUCAGGAGAACCGGACGGCUCUGGUCCCGCAGGCUGGGCGCGGUCGUCCUCCUUCCAGCCCCGGGCCGUACACGAUCCCCAGACAGCUCCCCGCAUUUUCUCCGGUCGGCAAUUUUCCCCAUGCUCAUGCCUACCCGCAUCCACGGAUGCCUCCAUCGCCGUAUGCGCCAUACAGUGGCCCCGCGUUUUACGGGUACGCGAACGCCCCCGCCGCGCCCAUGCAUGGGUAUCCCUACCAGCCGCAGCGGCCACAGCCGUAUCCAUACAACUGGCCUUCUCCUCAGCAGUCGAAGGAAGACUCCAAGAAAGGCCCGCUAGGCUGGAUGACGUCGCUCGUAUCCCAGGCGCAGAAGUACGGCGAACGCAUCGGCGAGCAGGCGGCGCAAUACGGCGACCAUAUCAGCGCGCAGGCGCAGCACUACGGCCGACAGGUCGAAGAGCAGGCCAUGGCGCACGGUCGCUGGAUCGAGGAGCAAGCUGGGCUUCAGGGUCGAAAGGUGGAUAAUCCGUACCCGGGGUAUAACUACCCGCAGUCCGACUACGACGCUCGCCUCCAGGCAUACUAUGCCAGCCUCUACGGCUACCGGUAUCCUGAGCCAGGGCGCGCCACCGUAGCUCCCGCUGAACCGGCGGAAGCCAUCGCUGUCGAGACCCCUGUAGAAAGCACCCCUAGCCAGCGAGCCAUAACCGCACCACCACCAGCAUCACCACUAGAACGCCCUCGUCGCAACUCCACAGACUCCACCUCAUCAGAUACAUCCCUCUCAUCCAUCGACUCCUUCUCCACGACCUCCGACCUAAGCAGCUCCGACCUCGCAACCGUGCGCGCACAGCUCCUCUCCCUCGACGAGCACCACGGCCGCGAUCUCCACGACGCAGCCGUCGACCUCCGCCGGCAGCUCGACACCCUCCGCCAGUCCCGACAACAAACCCGACAACCUCCACCUCGCAACCACUGGCGCAGAUGGGACUCGCCCGAGCAACACCAGCGCAGCGCCGCAGACAGACGAGCAAUAAAAGAAGAGACACGAGCGACACGGAAAGCCUUCCGGGACGUACUCCGACGCGCAAGGACAGAGCAGCGCGAACGACGGAGGAUGAAGCACGCGCGACGACGUCAGGAGCGCCGUUCUCAAGCAAAAGACGAGGGAGAAGUCCCGCUCGACCAGCGGGUGCAGAACCUUGAGCUGGAUACGAACCGCGAGAGCAGGUCUACAGUGCAGUCGUUUGCAUCGUUUCCGUCGAGACGGUCCGGGGCGGAGUCGGAGGUUAGUGAUAUCAGUUCGGUGGAUACGCCUAGUUCGGGGUCUUCUCAUGUGGAGGGCAGUACGAGGUCUUCUCGUGUUGAGGGCACGGUGUCUCAUGCUGUAGGCAGUACGGAAGUCAAGGAGAGCAGCACAGAUGUCAAGUCGGGGAAUAAAGAAAACCAGCACCCGACUGAGCAGCAGCGGGACAAGAAGCAGAGGGGGUAGUUGGAGGGGUCCUGUUUUUGCUUGUUAUGGGUUAGCACAUUGCUUGUUUUAACCACUAACUCAUGGUGUUUGAGCAAUUGGCUCACGGUGUUAGAGAUUCGGAUGCAUGUAUUAGCUAGGUUUAGGGAUUGGUUUUUACUAUUUAUUAGGUUGAUUACAGCGUGUUUUGAAUGACGAAA